GUUCAAUUCUACCAAGUCCGGCUAAGGAUUUCGGGUGGCAUGAUCCGGGCUACAUUCAUUCAGCAGUGAUGACUGGACUCCAGCCUUCAACCACUGUCUCAUACAAAUAUGGAAGUGAUUCAGCUGGUUGGAGUAACCAAAUCAAGUUCAAAACUCCACCUGCCGGAGGAUCAGAUGAAGUCAAAUUUCUUGCAUUUGGUGACAUGGGAAAGGCUCCCCGUGAUGCUUCUGCCGAACACUAUAUUCAGCCAGGAUCGUUAUCUGUGAUCAAAGCCAUGGCGGAUGAAGUAGCUUCUGGGAGUAUAGACUCAAUAUUUCACAUAGGGGACAUAAGCUAUGCCACUGGAUUCCUAGUAGAAUGGGACUUUUUCCUACAGCUUAUCAGCCCUGUGGCUUCUAAACUUUCUUACAUGACAGCCAUUGGAAAUCAUGAGAGGGAUUACAUGGAGUCGGGAUCAGUUUAUGAGACCCCGGACUCAGGUGGGGAAUGUGGAGUUCCUUAUGAAACUUAUUUUCCCAUGCCAACACCUGCAAAAGAUAAGCCAUGGUAUUCUAUUGAACAAGGAAGUGUUCACUUCACAGUUAUUUCUACAGAACACGACUGGUCUAAAAAUUCAGAGCAGUAUGAAUGGAUGAACAAGGAUAUGGCAGCAGUCGACCGAUCAAAAACUCCUUGGCUAAUAUUUACAGGGUAA